AUGCCUUUCACAAAGCCUCUCAGCAUCGCUUCCGAUGGUUAUGCUUCACAAACAGCCUGGCGCGACAUUCAGAAAUUUCUUCCCGAAAGACUUCAUUUCACGACUGAACAUUGCCCUGUGGAAGAAUGGUGGGAACACAAAGGAUACAAACUACAUCUGGAUCGAUGGCGUAACGCAGCAGCCAAGAUUCGGUUGAUCCUGCACCAUGGCGUUGGAACCAAUGGCCGCCAAAUGUCGAUGAUUCUCGGAGUACCCCUGCACAAGGCCGGCUUCGAGCUUGUUGCCAUCGACAUGCCUGGCUACGGCUGUACGGAGGCGCCUAGUGGCCAAGUUUGGUCAUACGAUGAUUGGGUUCAGCUAUCGAGCGAUUUCAUGGACCGCGAACUGGAGGCAGACCCGCGGCCCAUUGUUCUCUACGGUCUGAGUGCCGGUGGAAUGCUGGCCUACCAUUCUGCCGCUCUCAACCAGAAGGUCAAAGGCAUCAUUGGCAUGACUUUUCUCGACCAGCGCAUUCAGCAAGUCGCCGACACUACCGCAAGAAACAUUGUCCUGAGCCGUGUUGGAUUGCCCCUCACUCGCGCUGCCAACGCAACAUGUUUCGCACGUACCAAGAUACCCAUGUCGCUCGCAAGCAAAAUGUCGACGCUGGUAAACAACGACGAUGCCUUACAGAUUUUCCUGAACGACAGCACUUCAGCAGGUUCAGCAGCCUCGAUGCAUUUCUUGGCAACUUACUCUCAAUACAAACCGGCGAUAGAGCCAGAAGCCUUUGACUUGUGUCCCGUGCUCUUAACCCAGCCUUCGCUGGACCGAUGGACACCUUUGGAGCUGAGUGAACUGUUCCUGUCUCGUAUUACCAAGGUGCCUGUGAAGACUGUGGAACUUGAAAAGGCGGGUCAUUAUCCCCUCGAGGAACCUGGACUGCAGCAAAUGGCAGAUGCUAUUGUCGAAUUUUUAAACGGGUUGAAACUGUAA